AUGUUUUUUGUAAUUAAAUAUAAAUAUUUACAUUAUAAUAUUUUUUGUUCUUAUUUUUUAAUAUAUAGAUUUAAAGAAGGUCUAUGUUUAUUAGUUAACACACUUUUCCGUAAGCUGAUUUUUAAUGUAUAUUAUUCUUUUGAUAAAAUAAAGGAGAAUAAUAAUAUAAAAAAAUAUAGAAAUGAAAAAAAAGGCAUUUUUAAUAUAAGAAAUCUGGAGAAAUCGAAAAAAAAUAUUGAGAAGUUCAUUGAUUUAUAUUUAACUAUUUUUAAUAUUCUAAAAGGAAAUACAGAUUUUUUUAUACAAUUUGCUUUAGAAAACUAUGCUACCAUUAAUUUAAGUAGUAAAAAAAAAAAAAAAAAAAAUAUAAUAAAAUUUGAUGAAGUUUUCUUAAUAUAUAAGCUAUAUAAUAAUUCAUUACUACAAAGAAAGAAAAAUGAAAAUAAUAACAUAAAAGAAUCACAUGAAAGUAUAGACUUAGAAAAAAAUAUUUUAAUAGGAGAUAAAGAAAUAGAUUCUUAUAAAAAUAAAAUUCCUAUAAUAGAUAAUCAUAUAGAUAAACAUAACAUAUAUGCAAGAAGUGAUCUUAUUAAUGAACUAGAUAAUUUUUUAAAUGUAGUUUAUCUCAAAAAAUCUUUUGCACAUGAGCAUGAUAAGGAUAUUAAAAAAAAAAAUGAAAAUUUAAUUGACGAAGAUUUUGUUACUAAAAAUUUAUUCUCUGAAUAUUUUAGUAGUUGUAGAAAAAAUAGUAACUUGAAUAUAUUAAUAAAAGAAGUUAGUUCACAUAAUUUAUUAAAUUUUCUUGAAAUUUUAAAUAAAAAUAUAAAGUUCAUUAGAUCUUUUAAUAUGAAAAUUAAUGAACAAAAAGCAAUAGAUAAUUAUAAGUUAUCAAAAUUUUUUGAAUUUUAA